AUGUUACAGAUGAUGGAUGAUCAGGACCUGGGCUUCUUUGCCAAUUUUCUCGGCAUCUUCAUAUUUGUACUGGUAAUAGCGUAUCAUUAUGUGAUGGCCGACCCAAAAUAUGAAGGCAACUAAUGAUCUGUUUCUUUUUUAUGUAUUUGCAAUAGAGAUGCAAUUUUCUUGCGACUAAUGGAGAUAUCCUAUUAAUUUGUAGCGUGAACUAUUUCAGACCGGAUGCAGCUUGAUUUACGUUAUACAAUAUGACUAUGUUCUGUUAUACA